UAUAUCUUCUAAUUCCAUUAUCUCAUGAAUAGACCAUUGAUGUCUGGUAUCAUCGACCUUACCCUCAUCCAAGGUCGUUGAUGCAUCAUUCUACACCUAAUCAGCAUCCUUCUCAUCACCACUCUCGCACGUUACUGUUCUCUUCCUUAUAGAUUUAUUAAGGCAGCACCGAAAUGCCUUCAGCUUCUUACUUUCGUUUCUUUGACCUACCAGCAGAGCUGCGGACCAAUAUCUUGUCUUAUCUGCUGAUUUCACGAUACGGCAUCGUCCUCUAUAACUGCACCCUGUUCGGCCUCACGGCCACUGAUAGGGUAACAUUCUUGUACAUCUUUCUCGUCAAUGUACAGAUGUAUCAAGAAGCGUCUGCUAUAUUCUAUUCAAGGAAUCGUUUCAUACUCAAUGGCCAAAGCCACCGAUUGCCGGGACACCUCACGAAAGCCGGUGGUUUUUUGAGUCCACAGGGGCGGGAUGCUAGACGAAGAGUUCAGACUCUUUCUUUGUAUUUGACUCGAGUUGGUGGCGAGUUCGAGAAUGUACUAGCACCUGCUAUUUCCGAUAUGAUCUUAUCUGGUAGCUUGCGCAGCUUAAAGAUAUGCCUUGGGCCACCAAGUUCACAACAUGCCAGAAUAUCCGGUCCCAAUAUCAACAUAAUGACGACAGUCCCUUUUCAGGCGCUCCUGGAUUUGUUAGCUGACCCAGAUCUACAGCAUGUCGAACUGUGCGUUUGGAAAGUCCACUGGAGCAUCUUUUGCCGUUUUCAUGAGAACUUAGAAGCGUCAACCAAAGAAAAGACCUCGGAAACGGUGGAUGACCAUGGCCUUGCCACAAUUCGCGGUCAUCCAGACUGGAUCCAACUUGACUGGCAGGCAAUGAUAGAAAAUUUCAGGGCAGGUGAAAGAAUUCUGAAAAUCAAGGACGUGGACUCCUGAAGAUUCAACAGCUAAAACACAUUUCGACCGCAACAUGCGUAGGCACGCUGCAGGUCUCUAGCAAGAGUGAUUUGUUGUGAGAGAUGUGGAUGAAUGGCCACCGAACCAAGAUAUCAAUUUGGAACCAAAGCACGGAUCACAUGUGCGUUGCUAAUCAUGCGUAUCAAUAUCAGACCGGCCACAACGGAUUUCAACGCUGGCUGUAUCAUAGCGCUUUUCGUCAAUGUCAUAAUCCCAUGUCUUCCUUUGGGGACGAAUAAACUCGAGACACGCCGAGACUGUAUUUCGCCGAGAUCGUCGGCCAAGAAAAUGUCGCCAAGGUACACUUCUUCAAUGCUCC